AUGAAUGUUCAAAAAUUGGUUAAUGAUGUUGAUUUGUAUAGAGGUGAAGAGAAUGAAGGAAAAGGAUCUAGUAUUUUGAAGGGACAUGUUGUAGGAUUGUAUUUUUCUGCUGGAUGGUGUGGUCCAUGUCGUCAAUUUACACCAAAACUUAAAAGAUUUUAUGAAAAUGUUAAAAAAGAAGGAAAAAAAUUUGAAAUUAUUUUCAUUUCUGUAGAUAGAGAAAAGGAAGAUUGUUUUGAGUAUUAUGAAGAAAAAAUGGGUAAAUGGCUUAUGAUGGAUUACAAUUUAGAUGAUGCUCAAUCUUUAAAAGAACAAUGUUCAAUACAAACAAUUCCAUCCUUCAAAAUUGUUAAAUCAGAUGGAACUAUUGUAGUUGAGGAUGCCAGAUCUGCAGUUGUUGAUGAGGGUUCAGAUAACCCUCUUGCAUUAUUUGAAAAAUGGGAACAAUAUGCAUUCUAA